UAAAAUUGCCGAUCUGUCAAAUUGUAAAAUUGUGCUUGUAAUCUUGAGUUGUUUUUGAAUUGUUCUCAUUAGAACUUAUUAAAAUGCCGGACCAUUUGGGAGAUGAUAUGAGAAAGGUGAAAGGGGAUAAAGAGGAGCCCGAAAAAGAAAUCAAAUCUUUGGAUGAAGGAGAUAUUGCUCUACUUAAAACUUAUGGACAAGGGCAAUACACAAAAGCCAUUAAAUCAGUAGAAGAUGAUAUCCAAACCAUUAUCAAAAGAGUUAAUGAACUCACAGGCAUCAAAGAGUCAGAUACUGGACUGGCACCACCUGCAUUAUGGGAUUUAGCAGCUGAUAAACAGACUUUGCAAAAUGAACAACCUUUGCAAGUUGCUCGUUGUACUAAGAUUAUAAAUGCUGAUACUGAUGAUCCCAAAUACAUUAUAAAUGUCAAGCAGUUUGCCAAGUUCGUUGUGGACCUAGCUGAUUCUGUUGCACCAACUGAUAUUGAAGAAGGCAUGCGUGUUGGAGUUGAUCGAAAUAAGUAUCAGAUUCACAUACCAUUGCCACCCAAGAUUGAUCCCACAGUUACAAUGAUGCAAGUAGAGGAGAAACCUGAUGUGACUUAUAGUGAUGUUGGUGGAUGCAAAGAACAAAUUGAAAAGCUUAGAGAAGUGGUAGAAACUCCAUUGCUUCAUCCCGAAAAAUUUGUAAAACUGGGCAUUGAGCCGCCGAAAGGCGUACUGUUGUUCGGCCCACCCGGAACCGGUAAAACUUUGUGCGCAAGAGCAGUAGCGAACCGAACAGACGCGUGUUUCAUCCGUGUGAUCGGCUCCGAAUUGGUCCAAAAGUACGUCGGCGAGGGAGCUCGUAUGGUACGCGAACUGUUCGAGAUGGCCCGCUCGAAAAAAGCUUGUCUCAUUUUCUUCGACGAAAUCGACGCCAUCGGAGGCGCUCGUUUCGACGACGGAGCUGGUGGCGACAAUGAAGUACAACGUACGAUGUUGGAACUCAUCAAUCAACUGGACGGUUUCGAUCCCCGUGGUAACAUUAAAGUUUUGAUGGCAACUAACAGGCCUGAUACCCUUGAUCCCGCUCUCAUGAGGCCCGGUCGUCUUGACCGUAAAGUUGAAUUCGGUCUGCCCGAUUUGGAGGGGCGCACCCACAUAUUUAAAAUUCACGCGAGGUCCAUGUCUGUAGAGAGAGACAUUCGAUUUGAACUGUUGGCACGGUUGUGUCCUAACUCAACUGGAGCUGAAAUCAGGUCUGUUUGCACAGAAGCUGGUAUGUUUGCAAUUAGGGCCAGACGCAAGGUAGCAACGGAAAAGGAUUUCCUCGAAGCAGUUAACAAAGUUAUAAAAUCGUACGCCAAGUUCUCGGCAACUCCUCGCUACAUGACUUACAAUUAAUCAAUGUAUAAGUUCUUAUUAUUUAAAUUUUAUAUACCAUAGAAAAUUGAUUUUAUUUACCUUUCACACACAUCAUUUAAAAAAUAUGCAUUUGUAAUUAAAUAAAUGGCAUUUUUGUAACUUUUA